AUGGCAAGCGACCCUAGCGAGGACAACCCCGACAAGGCCGACGGAAUGUGGAAGAACAACGUAGGGCACAAGCUGAAGGAGAUUCCCACUGGUUUGGAGGCACCACUUCAAUCCAUGUCUUUCAAAGAGAGACUGAUUGGGAUUUGGAAAAGAAGAGCGUCAUCGAAAAUCCAGAUUGAGCCCGGAGAUGUAAUCAUGGAGAAAACUCCCAUGAGUGAAAAGCUUCGAUUUUCGGAAAGAUUAAAAGCUAUUUUCCGAGAGGACUGGGAACACAUGGUGAUAGUCUCUCUAAUCGGAGUUACAUUAACUUACGGGGGACUGAACAACGCUGUCAAACGAAUGUGGUGCCCAAGCGGGGAUUAUGAAAUAAUCGAUUUCACGAAUGGAUUCUUUGGAGUUCUACUGCCCAGUGAGGAAGAUGAAGAGAAGGCCCUGCGUGGAGGCCCUUGGUUUGUGGGUCCACACUGUCUAUCAGUCCAGAAGUGGAUGCCGGGCUUUAGAGGUUCAACGGUGAAGGUGAAUUCCGUCGUGACUUGGAUCCGGCUACCAGACCUACCAGUAGAAUAUUACCAUGAAAUUGCACUCUUUUCAAUUGGGAACUUUGUUGGCAGAACGUUGAAGAUUGAUGAAAAGACGUUGUAUGCUGAUAGGGGCCAUGGCAGCACAACCUGUGGGAAAGAACUAAGGCAAGACACUCCGGUGAUGGAGCCGGUGGUUGGGAUUGAUGCCCAGGGAGGCCGAAUGGAGCCUGAGGAAAGUUACUUUCAAGUCUCUGAACCGAAUAGGUUGAAUAUGGAGAAGGAGGGGCGUGUUGGAUUUGGCCCGUGGAUGGUGGUUCAGAGGUGGCAGAACAGCCCAAAAGGUGAUGUGGCCCAAGCCAGAACAAAUCAAAAAAAUUGGAAAGCCCAAACUAUGGUGGACUUUAAUGGGAACCUUGGCAAUAAAGUUGGGCCAUCCAAAGCUACAAAGUCAAAUGGGGAAGCUAGUAAGCCGAAGAAUGGGACCCAAUCAGUUCAGAAUGUUUCCACAAAUUCGAUGAAAACUAAUGUUCCAAUCUUAAAGAAUAAGGAGUCAGUGUCUGUAUAUACUCAUGGAUUAGAACAGGGAGUGAAAACUAAUGCCACCAAACAGAAAAGUAGAGCUCCAAGAGGGAUCACAAUGGGUCAAAAUAAAGAAAUAUCGAGUCACAAUCAGGAAAAGUGUAACUAUCCAUUGUUGGGUUGGGAUUCGGAAUAUUCAAUUCCUGUCGAAGGGGGAAAGAAAAGGGGCAGAUUGCUGCCUAAUUGGAAAGCUUCGCCACCAACGUCGGGUUGCUCCACCAUGGUGGUUGACCAGGUCCAGGCUGAACACAAACCGCCUGAUCCACAGCAAUCGGAUCGGAUGGAGGACGAAUCAGGUACCUCGUCGGCGGCGGCACUAGCAAAACUGCCGGUCAAACCGCCGGACAUCGGGGAAAUAGAAAGAGUGGAGGCUUCGCAAGAUGCAGACAUGCAGGAAUUGGAUAUUGCGUUCCCCCAUCAGGGGAACUAG